GGUUUUUUCCUCCGCUCCUCUCACCUCCGCUCCUCUCACCUCCGCUCCUCUCACUCACCUCCGCUCCUCUCACCUCCGCUCCUCUCACCUCCGCUCCUCUCACCUCCGCUCCUCUCACCUCCGCUUCGGGUCCCCAGAAGCUCUCUGUGUGGCGACUGGUGGAAGGAGGUUCCUUCCUCCCCUCGUCACGCCUCACACCCUCCUCUCACCUCCGCUUCGGGUUCCCCGAGCACCUCUGUGGCGACUGGUGGAAGGAGGUUCCUUCCUCCCUUCUUCACGCCUCGCCCCCUCCUCUCACCUCCGCUUCGGGUUCCCAGAAGCUCUGUGUGGCGACUGGUGGAAGGAGUACGUGAAGCUGCAUGCAGGCAUGCGGGAGGAGAGCAAACUACGGCACGCACAGGCACAAUCCCAGGCACAAGCCCAAGCGCACGCCCAGGCCCAGGCAGGUGUGGCAGUUGCUGCUGCUGCCGAUGCCACUGCGCCUGCUGCUGCUGCUGCUGCGGCUCCUGCUGCUGCCUCAGCUCCUCCCCUCUCACCACUACCCCUCCCCUCCUCCUCCCCCUCCCCUCCCCCUUUCCGCUUCCUCACCUACGAAGUCCUCUUCGGGUGUGGGGGCCUGGGGGACGCUCUGAUUGGCCUAGUCGCCGCGUUCACUGUAGCACUUUUGGACGGACGUGCCCUGAUCCUCAACCACCCGUGCCUGCCACAAGCCUUUGACCCCGCCCACGUUGACUGGCGGUUGACCGACGAUAUCCCCAUGGAACCUUCCAGGAAAUACACGUACGUUCCGCCUCCUGACGUCGGCCCUGCUGCUGCUGGUGGUGCCGGUGCAAAUCCUGCUGGUGGUGGUAGUGCUGCUGCUGAGAGUGAGAGAGCAAGUACAGGAGGGAGUGGGGCAGGCAGUGACGCAGGGGAAGAGCCUCCAGAAGCAGCGGUGCAGGCAGGGGAGGUGAUUCGGGUGAACCUGAAGAACCGUGAUGUGGACUUGCAGCCGCUCUUCUCCCGCCUCGCCCCCGCCGCCAACAUCCUGCUGCGCUGGAACCGCGGCGUGCUCACUCGGCUCUUCCUGGAGGCUUAUAACGCGGACAGGGAGGCUUAUAACGCGGAUGAGGGAGGGGAAGGUGCUUUUUCAGGUGGUUGUCAGGUGGGUGGGGGAUGCGGCUGUGCAGUGGGGAGUGGACUCCUUCACCCCUCCAUACUCACCCCUCCCUACCUGCCAAUCAUCCCUUCUCUUUCCAUCACGUUUCUUCCCCCACCCGUCCCCCUUUCCCCUGUCCCCAUUCCUGGUUCUUCCUUCCGUCUUCCUGCUUGCCUAGCCUCCAGACCAAAGCCUGAGGUGUGGCAACUCAUCCGACCGUUCGAUCAGCAGCUGAGGGGCGAUCGGACGGUUGUCAUUGGUCUGCACAUUCGGUUCGAGGACAAGGCAGUGUGGGGGGAGGGAGGGGAGGGCGCGCCUUUAUCACUCUCAGAGGAGCGAGUGAGGGAGAUGGUGGAAGAGGUCAAAGCCACUCUUGAGUGUGCCAAGCGAGUGCAGGAGUGGCACGUCCCCUCCUCCCUCCCUGUCAAGUGGUUGCUCCUUUGCAACUCCAUGCAAGUCAAAGAGGCCAUUCGCAAGCAAUACCCAGAUAAGGUGGUAACCACUGACUUCACUCCCCGCCACACCAACAGCCACUUUCCACUUGCCCCAUCCUCCCAUUCUCCAAUUCCCUAUUAUCCCUUUCUCCCUUCUUGCCUUCUCAACCCACAGGUGGUAACCACCGACUUCACUCCACGCCACGCCAACAGCAUGAGUGGGGAAGAAACCACCCUUCAACCCUCCCCGUCCACCUCCUCCACCUCCUCUCCCGCCUCUCCCUCCUCUCCCUCCUCUCCCUCCCCUCCAUUUCUCGAGCUCAUAGCCGAGUGGCUGCUGCUAGCCUCCUCCCAUUUCUUCAUCAUCCCCAACUCGGGUUUCUCCCGCACGGCGCUGCUUUACUCCAUGCACCCGACAGGGUCUGCCUUUAUGCCGCCGGAUAACUGCUUCCCUGACGUGCCUGUUAACCUCACAUGGCUGGGAACCACGUGGAGCAGAAUAUGA